CGUAUAGAGCAUUAACUUAUGUGGAAGCUAUUGAAAAAGGGUCUUCCGAAUGAGUAGUACAUUCUCUAAUUCUCUUCGUUGAUUUUCUGGGUUUAGACUUAUUUUCCCCUCUCAAAACAAAAAACAGCACUAAACAAUGAGAACAAAAAGCGUCAGCGUUGGCCGCCGGCGUAGCAUUACGUCUUCCGUGACUCCCUCCGCCUCUCCCAUUCCUCUCCUCUCCACCGUCCAGGACAACCACAACGCAACCGUCUACGACAGCGACAGCACCGGCGAUCACACACAUGCCGCACCACUUCCCAAUUUCGUUCCCGAUUCCGAACCACCAGAUUCCUUUGACGAUAACAUUUGCAUUACCUGCAACCGAGCCGGAGGACCGUUGCUAGUAUGUACCCAAACGGAUUGCCCCGUUGUAGUCCACGUCACCUGCAUCGGUUCCGAACCUAAGUUCGAUGAUUCUGGAAACUUUUUCUGUCCUUACUGCUCCUACAAGCGAGCGUUGAAGAGAACUAGAGAAUUAAGAGAAAAAGCGAUUCUAGCGAAGAAAGCUCUUUCGAGCUUUUUGGAAAAAAGCCAAACAGUGCGUAAGGAUGAUGAUGAAGAAGAAGAACACAUUGCCGAACCAGAACCGGUUCAACCGGUUCAGGUUCAGGAUGAACCGAACCAUAAUGAACCAGAACCGGUUCAAGUUGAACCGAACCGGAACGAACCAGAACCGGUUCAACCGGUUCAGGAUGAACAGGAUGUUUCUGAUUCUGAGGAAAGAAGAGAACUAAAUAGUAAUGAAAAUGAUAAAGUUGAAGAUAAAGGAAAGGUUUCUGUUUCAGGUAGUUCUGUCAGUGAAGCUAAAAAUUCCGACUCGAAUUCUGUCUCAGUGAAGAAAGGUCAUGUCAAUGCCAAUGCCAAAGGCAAACGCAAGGUUGCUUAUGUGAAAAAAUCAUUGCUACCGGAACGAAAAACUGGUGGUGCUGGUGGUGGUAGUGGCGGUGGUGAUGGCGUGGAUGAGGAGGAAGUUACCAGCUCUAGAACUUUUAGUGUACAAAAGCAAGUGUCGAAGCAGAAUUUGAUAACUGGAAAACGUAGGAGAUUGCUUUGGACCGAUGAAGAAGAAAAAGCUCUCAAGGAAGGAGUGUUGAAGUAUUCAACUGAAAAGCAGAAUAUCCCUUGGAGGAAAAUUUUAGAAUUUGGUUGUCGUGUGUUUGAUAAGACUCGGACUCCUGUUGAUCUCAAGGAUAAAUGGAAGAACAUUAUCUCCAAAGAAGGUAAAAUUACUAAGUUAUAAUCGAUAUUAUAACAAGUGAAUUUUUAGGAUUAUUGUGGAGUACCUUUUUGAUGAUUCCAGAUAAAGGAUUUUGCAAAAAUGAGAAUGAAAGAUGUGGCCUUUGCUUAUGCAAUAUUUUUUGCAUUUUGUUGGAGAAAGAACAUGCACAUUUUUAGCCUGUGAGCUUGUUUUUACAUGUGUCUAUAAACUUGUUAUGAGGAGGUUUUUAUAUGUAGCUUUUUGAUACAAGAACAUUGUUAAAGAGGAUGUAAGUUAGGAAGAAUAGGAUGACAAAUUGGGGAUAGUACAAUCUACUUGUGCAACUGUACUGUUACAACUUCUAACUUUUUGGGACUGAAUGUAUAACAGUUAGGAGGGGAAGAAUGUAGUGACUUUACACCUCGGUUUACAAGGCCAUGAAUAUAAGAAUGUAGUGACUUUAUAUUCAAAUAUGCAUGUUUAAACAAAAUUUGGAGAAAUGUAGCCAUAAAAUUUUGAUUUAGAUGACUGUGAACUUUUAGAUUAUUUGAAAUGAUAACUGUUUUG